GUGUACGAGGUAAAAUUUCAGUACAGUACAGUACAGUACAGUACAGUACAGUUAGUACAUUGUACUUAAAAUUUUAAAUACCAUAUAUUUAAUAAAGUUACUUCAAAUGCUAAUUCUGUCAAUAUUGAUUCAUUUAUGAUAAAAUAAAUACUAUCAAAUUCCUUUCAUUGAGAUGAAUCUAAUGAGCUUAAUUUUAUUGAAAUCUAAUCACUGGACCACUUAAAACCAGGGUAUAUAUGAUUAAAAAUACCUCUGUAAUUUAUAUAAAAAAAUGUACUUGUACUAAAAAAACUCAGUACAGUACAUUUCCCAACCCUGGUUAUGCGUUUUAACAAAGGUUUACACGAAGAAGAUUUUGACGAUGACAAGGAUGACCCUUGUCUUAACCUCCAGCUUAUUUCUCUUCAAGUUCAAUAUAAUAAUGACCUUCCUUAUGUCAGAAAAUAUCUUUUAUUUCAUAGAGUUCGUUACGAGCCCUUUAUUAACACUCCUUUUUGGAAUACUUUACCGUUACCUACUCAGAAUUUUAUUUAUAAGGCAUAUACGGAAAAAAAGGAUAUUCAGUUUACUCCCUAUGAAAGAUUGACUUCUGAUUAUCCUGUUACACCAAUCAGCCCAUCUACAGAUCUUUUUAUUGAUGACUCAUUUGAGAAUCCCCUUCCUACUGAUCUGAGUUCCCAUGAUGUAGAUCAUUUGGAUAAUUCCUUUGAAAAUAUGGGGUUUUCAGAUAAUUUUCUUGGUAAUAUUAUUUCUCCAGCUAUUAAUUGGAAUAAUUACCUCGAUCCUAAUGUUGAUGAAGAUAAAUUAAUUGAAGAUGAUCUAAAAAUAGAUGAAUUUAUGGACAAAAUGUAUGCUGCAUGUGAUCUUUCUCCAGUUUCAUCAACUGUUUCUCAUCCUUCUUCUCCCGUUUUGGCCACUUACGAUAAUAUGAGUUUAAUAUUUUUAUCCGAUUUGGAUAAUGAAUUUUCAGAUUCUGAUGAUGAAUCCUCCUUCCUGCCUUUUGAUAAUGAAACUUUAACGUAUUAUAAAACUGAAUGGAUAGAGUUAUUUUGCCGUUCGGUUUGUUUUUCCUUUAUUCCGUUUUAUAUACGGCCUCCUUCCUUUGCUUUAAAUUUGACUGAGAUCUCUUCAAAACAAUUUCCUGCUCCUUUGUCUCCACUCUUCUUUCUUGACUUAAGGGUCACUCAUGUACAUCGAUCAUUUUAG